UCACAUGAAGGACAUAGUGGUGAAGGGGGUAACUGUAAUUCUGAGAAUGAAAAAUCAACAUCAUUAGAUGGUGAAUUUGAUGAUUCUCAGUUUUAAAGUGAAGAUGAACAUGGUAAUGUUGCUGAUAGUGCAGCUACAAAUGUUGUAGAGGAAUUUGGUAGUUCAAUUGCCCAAAUAAAUGAAGUAGAUUGUGUUGAUUCUGAAGAUGAAUUAAGGAGUAUUAGUUCAAAUUCUGAUGUGGAGGAAGGGAGUAAUUCUAGUUUAGUUUUUAGUGAAUCAAAAUUCAACUUGGAGGAUUUUCAAUUUCAAGAAGGAAUGAUUUUUAAAGAUAACAAGGAGUUUAAGUGGGCAAUUGAAAGGUAUGAAGCAUUGAGAAAAAAGGAUGUCUACUUUGUGAAGAAUGAGCCUAGGAGAGUUAGAGCAAAGUGUAGGGAUGUAAAUUGUGACUGGGUUAUAUUUGGUUCUAGGAGCAAUGAAAAUUGUCCUUUUACCAUUAAAACAUAUAUACCUAAUGUCUAGGAUGCAGAAGAACAGAGACAAAAUGAAGGGAAGUGUAAUGAAAAUAUGCCCUAAAAUCAUAAAAAUUCUUGAACAAAACAAGGCACACACUGGUGAUUUGAUAGCAUACAAAGCAAAUGAUGACAACUACCAAGUUGAAGACAUUUCUGGCUUUUUUAAGACUUACAAGGUAAAUUUGAAUCAAAGAUGUUGCAGUUGUAGGAGGUGGGAUCUUAAUGGAAUCCCUUGUAGUCAUGCCAUUGCAGCAAUUAGAACAAAAGGGGAAGUACCUGAAGAUUAUGUCCAUCAUUGCUAUACUGUGGAAGCAUAUAUGAGGAGUUAUAAACCAGCAAUAAUGCCAAUUCAUCCCUCAGAUUUAUGGACAAAAACUGGCCAAAAACCACCACUACCACCCAAGUAUAAAGUGCAACCAGGCAGACCAAAAAAACUAAGGAAGAGAGAUCCUAUUGAGAAUGAAUCUGUUGUGGGUGAUAAGCUAAUUAGCAAGUUAUCAAGAAAGGGUGAGAAAAAGAAGUGUUCAAUUUGUGGACAAUAUGGCCAUAACAAGCGUAGCUGCAAAAACCAGAGGCAAAAUGAUGUUGAACCCCCUGCCGAAGUUGAAGUUGAACACCCUGUUGCUAUUGAAGUUGAAGUUGAACACCCUGUGGCUAAUAUAGCUGCUGAAGUUGAACCACUUGCUGUUGAAGUUGCUAAUGUUUAAGUCC